AAGUUCUAAAGCCGCUUCAACGAGUACAGAGCGGCAGUUCCGGUCCCUCGCGCUCACUUCCCACUCCAGUCCACGCGCUCUUCUCUCGCGAGGAACAACGCCGUUAUCGGAUCCUCGACAAAACAACACGAGAAUUCCUCAAUCACACGAUCUAGGUGUGGACAAUGUCUGAGCAGGACUUGGAGGAAAUAGUGCAAAUCACGGUGGAGGGAUUUAACUGUGGUGAGCGUACAGACAAUCAUGAAGAUGGUGAAGAUAAGCCACCCAAGAAAAAAAAGAAGCUCAACAACCAGGAAAAUCACAAUAACCCAGACAUCAGUUUUAUUAAGAAUAUGAUGGUCUCCUUUACGUCCUCAAUCAGUAGCCGGUUAGAAGGAAUUGAAUCAAAGAUACAAGCUCUGGAUGCCACUUGCAAAGCACUGGGACGUAAACUAGACAGUAUAUUGCCGUACACCAAGAGUACUAUUCAGGUUCCCAUGGUUGCAGGGUCCCCUCAGGGAGCCACUCAAACCUGGAACAAAGUAAGAUGCGUUGUUCCUCAGACAAACGUUAUCAUGAGCAGUGAACCCCAGAAGAGCCAGGAAGAGUCGCCUUUGGAGAACAUGCUCAGCAACACCUUACCAAGAAAGCGUCAGAAUACAAUCCUGGUGAAGGUUCCCGGCCCAGAUGAGAGCCAGGAGGAACAGGACAGUGGGUCGGAAGCCAGCGACUCUGUAUCCAAUUGUGGCCAAGGAGCCAAUUCACAAAACGGCCCCAACGUUACACUCAUCACACUUAAUGCAGAGGAGGAUUACCCAUCAGGCACAUGGCUGGGAGAUGAAAACAACCCUGAAAUGCGAGUGCGCUGCCCAGUGUCUCCUGCUGACAUGCUGCAUAUCACCUCCAACUGUCGGACAGCGGAGAAAAUGGCGCUGACACUGCUCGACUACUUAUUUCAUCGUGAGGUGCAGGCCAUGUCGAACCUCUCUGGACUGGGCAAACAUGGCAAAAAGCAGCUGGAUCCUCUCAUGAUUUACGGCAUUCGGUGCCAUUUGUUCCAUAAAUUCAGCAUCUCAGAGUCUGACUGGUAUCGCAUCAAACAAAGCAUCGACUCAAAAUGUCGCACCGCCUGGAGACGUAAGCAACGCGGUCAGAGUCUGGCUGUCAAGAGCUUCUCAAAGCGGCUCACCACUCGCAGUACAUCAGCAGAUGGAGGCAUCACAGAGGAACCAGCCCACAUUGAGACUUCUCCCCACCAGCCAACCCUGCACUACACUCUGGCUAACCAGCAGGUCCAGUUCCACCGCAUUGGUGAGGACGGCCAAGUUCAAGUGAUUCCACAAGGUCAGUUACACAUAGCUCAGGUGCCACAGGGAGAGGAGGUUCAGAUCACACAGGACAGUGAGGGAAAUCUUCAGAUUCACCAAGUGCAUGUUGGUCAGGAUGGGCAGGUGCUGCGUGGAGCUCAGCUCAUCGCUGUGGCGUCAGCUGAUGGAGCCGCAACAGCCGUAGAGGGGUCCACUCUCCCCCCUGACAUCCAAGUUCAGUACGUCCAACUCGCCCCGGUCUCGGAUCACACAUCUGCUGUGCAGGCUGCUGAAUUGGCCCCAGCCCUGCAGACAGACCUGGAUGUGAAAGAAGCCAUCCAGAGUGCCAUCCGGGCAGAAAACGGCGAGGUGGUCCAGAUUGUCACCUCGGUGGCAACCUAAGGGUUCCGAACUCUCUGCAGCAAUUCCAACCAUUCAUAUAUCAGUUUGCCUCCCCCCUUCCUUGUACACAGUUUUCCCAACCAGACGAGACAGUCGGGAACUGUCCGCGGAGAUCUUAAGCACACCAUUGUCUUCCUGAAGCUUUCAUGUACGGAAAUCGCCAGAUUCAAUCUGCUCUAAAUACACAGUGAGGAUUAUGUUUGCUACUGAUGCAGACCGUCACCACGCCGCUGCAUCAUUGCCCACACUUGUUUACAUCGGCUUUGAGUAUUGUUACAAUGGAGCCCUGCUACGCCCGAACCCUCCUUGACAGAGCCUUUUCAAAACGCCUUUUGUGUUGGUUAUUGACUGUAGAUGUAGUGGCCUCUCCGAGGAUUAGUUUUCCCUGCAACUCUUCAAGAUAACUACGUCAUUUCCUGGUUGUUUCUAACCACUCAGCCUUGUUUGUUGAACUCAGCGACAUGUUGCAUGUCAACAGUAGACAGAUUUGAAAUGCUGCCUGUACAAAAAAAAACAAUUUGUUUCCCGAGUCUGUCUCUGUAACGGCUACCCUCAUGUGAAUUAAUAAGUUUUGUGGUUGCCAUAAAAGGAAUCUUUUA